AGAUAUUUUGGAGUGCCAAAAAAAAUCUCUCUCUAUAUAUAGUACCAAGCUGCCACCAAACAUUCACACACUACAGAGAGUAGCAGUAAAGCUAAGAGAGAAUAUGGUGUUGAUUGAUAAACUUUGGGAUGAUGUUAUGGCUGGUCCCAGCCCAGAUAAAGGACUCGGCAAACUCCGAAAGACCCUUACUGUGCAAACUGGUGGGGAAUCAGGAGGAGAAGGAUCUAGCAAAUACCAGAAGUCUCUGUCGAUGCCGGCAGGUACGCCGGUGACGCCAGGUACGCCGGUGACGCCAACAAAUACGUCGCCGACGAUAAGGAAAGAGAAUGUAUGGAGGAGCGUUUUUCAUCCAGGAAGCAAUCUAGCAACCAAGAGAAUUGGGGCUGAAGUCUUUGAUAAGCCUUCUCACCCUAACUCUCCUACUGUUUAUGACUGGCUCUACAGUGGGAACACCAGAUCUAAGCAUCACGAGAAGUGCUGAAAGUUUUUGGUUUGCAAAAGCAGUUGAAACCUUUGUGUAAAUAGCGUUUUUUUCUCUGCGAGUUGCUUCGCCUAUGGAUUAGUAUUAUAUGUGUUUUUUCUGUUGGGUAUUUAAGUUAUUAAGUAGUAUACUGCUCUUGUAAAUUAGGUUUUCCAAGCUAACUUAGUAGCUUUAAUGGCCAUCACUGGCUUUCUAUUACUCUACUGUUGGUGGUAGACCAGUUGUUCGAUGUUUGUUUGCUUAUUAAAUAUCUGAAAUAAAUAUUACUAUAUUUGUGAUGUUA